AUGAACAAAAAUGGAACAGCUAAAAUGAAUGAUAAUCAAAUUAGAGCAGAAGGUAGAAGGUUAUUUAAACGCUUCUAUAACAUUCCUGAUGGUGUUAAUCCUAAAACUCGUAGAAGUUAUUUAAAUGAAGCCAUAGAUUCAUAUGAAGGAUUUGACAUUUCAUCAGAAAGUGAGAGGUUAGCAAGAAUGUUAAACGUUAAUAUUGAUUUCUAUUAUUGUGACCCUCAACCAGAAGACGUAGACAUUAACAAGGUAGACUUUCCAUUAGUGGAAUCAAUAAUGAUAGAUCCAGAAUUUGAAACAGUAAAUAUUUUAUUAACACAGAGUCCAUGUGGAAAACUUCACGCUGACAGAAUAACAAACGUUGAAGCACUCACAGGCUAUAGAGUUUGUCCAUAUUGUAAAGAAGAAGUUUAUUCUAUCCGUGAUGACCCAGAAAGGAAAAACCAAAGAAGAUUUUUAAAACAUUGUGAGAAAUGUAAAGAAAAUAAUGGUAGAUUAAUUCAAGACGUUCAAUUGCAAAACACACAACAACCAUAUGCACCACAUAUUACGAAACAGAAGAUAUAUCAAUGGUUAUUAGCACAUAAUUUGCAGGAAUAUUAUCAACCGACAAGAUAUUAUAUUACUUUUGACUUCGAAACAUUAGAGACUAAAGAAGAACUUCUACUUUCUGAGUGUGCAACUUUGAACGCUUACUUAAAACCAUUUAUGGUAUCAUCAACGGUUAAAUUAAACGAUAAAACAUAUACAAGGAAUUUUUGCUUAACUUCGAGUGAUUCGUUCAUCUCUGAUUGGAUUGAAUUUUUAUUUUCAACCU